AUGGUGGAAUUUCCUUUCAAUAAUGUUACAUCAUCCUUGAGUUUGGAUUAUUUCAAGGAUCACUUAUCUUAUGUUGCUGUUUCUCUCAUUGUUAUUGCCCUUUCUGCUGCAUAUUUCUUCUGCUACAACUUGUUCUUUAGACCCAAGGCCAAGGGUUGUUUGGAUCCAAAGAAUUUCAGAGAAUUCAGGCUUGUGAAGAAGACGCGGCUGAGUCCAAAUUCUGCAAGAUUUAAAUUUGCUCUUCCUACACCAACUUCAGUUCUGGGCCUUCCUGUUGGAAAACAUGUUAAAUGCAGAGGAAGAGAUAGCAAUGGGGAGGAAGUCAUUAGACCGUAUACCCCAAUCACUUUGGAUUCCGAUGUUGGCUACUUUGAGUUGGUGGUUAAGAUGUACCCAAAGGGAAGGAUGUCCCACCAUUUUAGAGAGAUGAAAGAAGGUGAUUACUUGGCUGUCAAGGGUCCUAAGGGACGUUUCAGUUACAAGCCUGGUCAAGCGAGAGCAUAUGGAAUGCUUGCUGGGGGUUCAGGCAUCACCCCAAUGUUUCAGCUAAUAAGAGCCAUCCUAGAAAAUCCAAAGGACACUACAAAAUUGAGCCUUGUUUAUGCCAAUGUGACAGUGGAUGACAUCCUUUUAAAGGAGGAGCUUGAUCGGUUUGCAAACAAGUUUCCUAACCGUUUCAGUGUCUAUCAUGUUCUAAAUAAGCCUCCCAACCCAUGGAAUGGCGGGGUUGGGUUCGUAUCCAAGGAAAUGAUUCAAACCCAUUGUCCUGCACCUGCACCUGAUAUCCAGAUACUAAGGUGUGGUCCACCAGCUAUGAAUAAAGCCAUGGCUACUCACCUUGAUGCCCUUGGCUACACACCAAAUAUGCAGUUUGAGUUUUGAUUGUUUUCAUUUCUUCCCCCCCCCCCUUUUUUGGCGAAUUGAUUGUGUUCAUUUCUUCGAAUCAGUUAUGUGUCCUUUUUUAAUGAAAUGUCUCGUACAUCAGAGAAUUAUAUUAAAUCAUAAUAACAACAUAGUGGAAAUGAGUGAUGCAAGACAAAGCUUGACAUCGCCACAUAAUUUAAGAGUGGAA